AUGAGAUACUCCACCAUCGCCACCGGCAUUCUCCUAGCCACAGGCACGGCAUCCGGCUUGAGCAUACCCCGUCCGGGAUCGAGCGGAUAUUCGCCCGGAAACGCUGAACAACCCCGGCGCCGUGGCUCCGGGAAAAAGGUCGACAUCACCACAGCAAACAACAACGCAGCCGCUGAUGACUCUGUCGGCUCGGCCAACCCCGCCUUGGCGGCUAACCCUGCUUUGACGGCUGAUCCUGACUUGACGGCUGAUCCUGAUUUGACGGUUGACCCUGCUUUGACGGCUGACCCUGCCUUGACGGCAGACCCUGCUGCCCCGACCAAAGUUGCCGCCCCGACCAAGGUUGCCGUACCGACAAACGCCGCCACAUCCGCCAACCCCAACCCCGCUGCCACAACAGGCUCAACCAACCCUCCCAGCCCGACAACGCCGACCAAGACGCAGACACCACCAACAUCCCCGCGGCAACCCCUCAGCCGGUCCGACUACAACGUCAUCGCCGGCGCCGUCGUCAAGCUCGUCGCGCGCGCGGGGCCCCGAGCCCAGGACGCCGUGACCGCUCUCGAGUGGAUCGCCGAGCACACCCAAGAGUGGCUGGCAGAGCACGCCGCCGCCUCCUCCUCCGCCGCCGCCGCCGCCGCCGCGAACACAAACUCCCAGGCGGGCGGCCAACAGCCCGGACACGGACAUGCGGGACAUGGGUCGUCCCACGGCUCGCGCUGGGGACACCGCCAGCGGGGGCUUCCUGCCCUCUUGGCGAAUGAGCUGGAGGGUGUGUUUGAAGAGUACGUUGGGGAGGUGCAAGGCGGUGAGAAGAAGUUGUGA